GUGCUUUUUAGCUUGACACAGCUGAUUUUCAGUAGAAGUAACGAAAUUCCGCGAAAUUCUGCAUUGUAUUUGCGAGGAUGUCGAAUAGGUUGAUUACAGACACUUUCCCGAAGGUUAGGAAACAACGAAUUAUAAAAAAAGAUGUACAAAUCCCAGUGGAAAAGCAGAAAAAGACCCAAGAUACAUUAUCAGUAAGCCAAAAAGACGAACAAGAUCUUCAGUCGCUUAGAGAAUUCGAUAUGAAUUCGGACUUCGGGCCAUGUAUCGGUAUUUCAAGGUUAGAACGCUGGGAAAGAGCUGAAAAGUUUGGGCUGCAUCCUCCAACUAUGGUCAAGGACAUCAUUUYAAAGAAUUCAAAUGAUGAGUCUUAUACAGAAUGUAUCUGGAAAGRUGAGAAAUUAUAGCAAGAUACAAUACAACUUAAUGCAGCUGCAACUACUCGAGUUUGUACACCAUCAAACCUGCAGUAGAUAUUGUUUGGUUCCCUUUUUACUAUCAUUAAAAAUUCCAGUUAUAUUUCAUGUUGACAUUGGAAGUAAAUAUGGUAAUUCAGUCAUAGACAAUGGACAAGGAAAUAAAGGAUAAUAUGGUAAAAAGWUUAUAUACAAGGAAAAAUUGAUAUCAUACAUGUAUAAGAUAACAAAAGACAAGGUAAAAGCAAAAAAUAGAAAUUAUAUUUACCCAAGGCCAGUUCUUGCUUUUUGUCUUGUACUAGCUAUAAUACUGUUAAUAUUCUUUUGAGCAGAGCUUACUGUCAACCAAAAAUCCUGACAUAAAUCAGUCCAAUAUAUUGGUCAUAUAUAGUCCCAGAAAAGCUGCUUGAACUCAAGCUCUUUCAAUUCUUUUGUGUCAUUUUGUAGAAAAGCCAUAUUUUGAACAGCARUUUUUAUGAUUAUUAGUCAGAUUUCAUAUCACAGCAUUGAGAUUCCCAGUUACAUAGAGUACAAACACUAAAUAUGUGCAACUGCUAAAUAGUACUAACUAAAAAAUAGAAAACAGAAGAAUUUAGCACUGAUUUAGUGGUAUUUAUUUUGCACACUUUUAGUGUUUGUACUCUAUAAUUUAGACUAUUCCAGGAGAGUUGACAGGCCUGCUAAAGGUAUUUGCAAUCAAUAAAAAUAA